AUGGCGGAGGACUUGCAGACUCAAGCUCUGCUGCACAGUCAUCGCAUAGAACGAGUGCCAGACGGCACAUACAUCUGCCGCCUGUGUGGUAAACGGCCAAAGAGUCUGGACCAGGCCAGGGCGCACCUGGCGUCUGUUGCGCACCAUGAGAAACUGUCACAACAUCGGAUGGAGUGGCAGCUGCCUGGCGAACUGGAUCGCGAAAUCCAGCGUGUUGCGGCAAGCUUGACAACACCUCAAGAGCGCAGCGUCUCGCCCAUUCGUUCGCUCACAUUUUGCACGGCCUGCGUGAGACGAAGCUGGCAACUCCGUAACAUCUUGCUGCCCAAUAUAGUCACCUUGGCCAACUCUGCACACAGGGUCAGUGCAAGGCUGCGAUGGUGCAUUGUUCUGGCAGAAGAUGGUUCGGAGCAACAGUGCCUGCAAAGGCUUUACACUGUUCUUGGCCUACAGGGUACAGAAGAGCUGGAUGUGAGGCUAUGUUUCGCCGAUAUUCGUCAAACCGACGGUUACUUCCACGCGAGCUUUGCAAAGAACACCUCGCAUCGCUUUGGCAUUGAGUGCAUAGACAUAGACCCCCAGGACGAGGACGGUGACCUCAGUCAGCACGUGCUUGUCAAUCUGGACUGCGAUAUCGUUUUGCCGCCAAGCUUUGCUGAGGCGGUGCUUUUGAGGUUUAGGUCACGAACUUUGCAGCUGCUGGGGUGCCGAGGGAAGCAGUCCGCAACGACUGGUCGACUUGCGAUACGUGCUUCGGCCUUCGUGGAAAUCAAUGGCUACGACCAGGAGCCAGGCAUACUUGGCUCAGGUUUUCAGGACAUAGACUUGCGCGACCGUGUCGGCAUUGCACCAUUUGCUCACGAUGGCUCAAUUGUGCGCGAGGGGCAGUCGGACAUCGUGCCGGCAAAGUCUGGCGUGGUAGAAAGUUUGCUGAACGAGCAUCAGGCAACGCAUCCAGCCGUGGCUGGCUGGGCAUUGCCGAACACUUUGCACGAACAUGCCACCGUGGAGGACGACCGGAAACUGGCGAAGAUUCAUUGGGUGUACAACCCUGGCAGCUUGAGCUGGGAUGACAUGAAUGAGUCAAACAGGGCGGCCAUGCUGGCCAAGCGCAACCAACCCGCCCCACGGGCUUGGAAGCGCAACUUGCAGUUCUCGUUCUCGCAGCUGGGUUGGCCUUCCAUCGAACUUCGCCGUGAGAAUCUGCAGCUUGCAAUGCGCAAUCCAGGACGCAUCUUCCAUGUCACGCAACCACUUCUUCGUCGGCCGCCUGCAAGCAUCGGCUCUCCUCCUGGCACAGAGGCUCCAGACGAGAGCCGUGAUCACCUCUUGCGCAUCUCAGCCCACCUGCAGGAGUUCAUGCAGGAUCUCGACCGACGGGCAUCUGCCUGGAUGGUCGGAAUCCCUCCGAAAGCUUGGGGUCCCUCGCGGGAUUUCUGA